CCCAAUCUCGGUUUUUUAAAAAGGUUUUUCAGCGAACGCGACAACGUUAGCUUUUGCUAAGUUAGCUAAUGCUGCAUAGCUCUUUUUUUUGUGAGUGUGUGUGCGUGUGUGUGUCUGUGUGCGUGUGUGUGUGUGUGUGUGUGUGUGUGUGCGCGCGUGUGCAUGCGUGUCGCAAAUAAACAAUGACUUUUUUUCACUAACACUAACGGCCGGGGUCCGUCUGUCAUGAGGUGGCAGUCAUGGGCCCAGACACUGCUUCUCACCCUAAAACAGAAUCUUCAGAGGAAAGUGCUGGAGAAGGUGUGGUGAAGGAAACCUCAGAGUCAGAUUCCACUGAGCCAGAGGACUCCAAACAGCAAGAGGGCAACACAAAAGACAAGUGUUUCCCUUGCCCUGUCUGUGGUAAGGUGUUUGACAGACCAUCGAAGCUAGAAAGGCAUCAACCUGUGCACACGAGGAAGCCGAAGACUCUACAUCAGUGUCAGCAUUGUGAUAAGAGUUUCACACAACAAGAGAAGCUGAUCCGACACCAGAGUUGCCACACUAAGACUAACAAGCAUCCUUGUCCUGAUUGUGGAAAAGUUUUCAACAGGCCUUCAAAGUUAGAGAGGCAUAAGCGCACACACUCAAAGAAACCGAAGGUGCCUCAUCAGUGCUCAUACUGCAUGAAGACGUUCAGCAAACUUAACAAACUUGUUCGUCACAAGCGAAUGCACACUGGGGAGAAGCCUUUCACCUGCUCGGUCUGUGGGAAAGGGUUCUCCGAGUCAGGUCACUGCAAAGCACACGAAAAGACACAUGAUGAGCAGCCAGAAAAACCUCACUGCUGCCCAGACUGCGGGAUGCGCUUCUUCAAGGCCUCGGAGCUCCGUCGGCACUUCCGCUCCCACACUGGAGAGAAACCUUUCAGAUGCAGUGUGUGCGAAAGCUGCUUCUCCCGUUCAGAAGGGCUUAAAAGACACAUGAGGAGCCACACAGGGGAAAGACCGUACAAAUGUAUUAUCUGCGGGAAAGGAUUUUACUCUCGUCAGGAUUUGAAUAUUCAUGGCUUGACCCACUCGGGGGAGAAACCGCAUCUCUGCCCCGUGUGUGGUAAAGGAUUCUCUCAGCUGGGCAACAUGAAAGAACAUGAACAAAAUGUUCAUAUUAAAUCAGAGAAGUAUAUUUGCAACGAGUGUGGGGCAACCUUCACACGGUACAAGUCCCUGACAAAACACCAGCGGACACACACGGGAGAAAGACCCUAUCUGUGCCUCACCUGUGGUCGCAGGUUUUCAUGGAGCCAUUCUCUCAGCAGACACCGGAGGACACACACACACAGACAAAUGUCUACGGACACAUCCAAAGACAUAUCAAUUCUUGAAGGACCCUCUGAAAAUCCAAGCAAUUAGCGAAUGGAAGGGACAUUUCAUCGACAAUUUUCCUGGAGCACAGUCCAGGAUUAUUUGUAGUGCAUUGAGAACUAAUUUUUAAACUUCGUAAUGAUUCACUUUGCUGCUCACUGAAAUCGACAUCUAUGCUAUGUUUUGCAUAGAUAUGUUUUUUGUGUUGGGUGAACAUAAUGUUGGCAGCGCUGUUCACAUCUCUGUUCACAUCUCCCUCUCAUGACAGAUUUGUACAUGCCUUUAGAUAGUGUGAAAGAUAUCUCAUACAGUAUCAUGGGAUGAAUUCCUGUUUACUGUUAACCUGAAGAUCUGUAACAAACCCAAGUAGACUUUUCCUCCCAAAAGGUUUGAGACUCUGGUUUCCAUUGUGAUUAACCUAAUCGGAAGUAAUCCGCUACCUCGGUUUAAGUCUACCGCAGAGGGUACACAAGAUCAAUAACAUUUGUGCAUGUCGAAGUCCAUUUCAGCAGUUCUUUACAACAAGAUGUUACCGUCUUUUGAAAAAUAGAAUUUUUAGCCGGUUGCCCAGAAUAAACAAUUCACUGCCAAGAAUUGACAACUUUUGUACUCGUAUAUCAAGUUAUUAUUAUCCUUCGCAGGAUGCAAAGUAAUGCUGUAUUGUCUCAGAGCAAAAAAGUGUCGGUACACUGUUCUCCAUGUCAUUAGACACCUACUUAGUACUGUGAGCGUCCAAGCCUAAGCAGCGAACAGUGGUUUGAAUCAUAGGGUGCAACUGCAGUUUUUUUUUGUGUAUAAUUAAAAUUAAUAUAAAACUUUUUUAUAUUGAGGAGUAUAGCAUCUAUAAUGUGUCGUUAAUCCACAGAUUUCCUUUGUGAUUCGCAUAGUAGCAUGCUGCCAAUCUACAGAUACAUUGCGUUGUCCUGUAGAUGGGCCUACUGCAUUCUUCAAUACAUAUUUAACUAAUGUGCUGACAUGUAUUUUUUUAUCAGUUUCACUGAUAAAGAUGAGAAUUGAACCUUGA